AGAGCAAGUUCCAGGACAGCCAGGGCCACACUGAGAAACCCUGUCUUGAAAAACAACAACAAAAGAAUAUCUUUACCUUAUCUAAGCUAAGUCCUGCCUGCAAGGAACUGGCCUCAUUGGUAGAGGUUCCAUGUUCCCCAAGCCUAGCUGAUUUUCAGGCCUGUCUGUGUUUGGUACAGAAAAGGGUCUUGUAUCAGGGGAGCCCUCGACUCCCUUGAUACAAACGUACAUCCUGUACAUUGUGGUUCAUCCUGGGAGCAGCUAGGUCCUGUCAGCGCUCAGUGGAGCUUGGGGUUGGGGACCAAGGAGGUGGAGACUUUAGACAGCAAAGCCAAAACAUUGGCAACUAGUGGCUUGUGUGAGUGCUGGGUUCUGGAGAGGUGAUGUAGAGGAAGAAGCGGCUUUGGACCCUCAAUUCUAGAAGCCGCUCCAAGGGUUGCCCUGGCCAAGCUGUGGCAGCUGAGCAGCUGUGUCUGCUUACACUGUCUAGCCAAGACUAUGGUUGUUGAGGACCAUCCUUGCUUGACAUCCCCCAACCCUGCUUGCUACCUGUUGCUGAACUAACCAGAAGGCAUUGUUGGCCUUCAUGAGAUCACAGAGGCCAGUGAGCAGGCCCCGCCCACUUCCUAUACCCUGGUCUCAGCCUCCCUGCCAAGUCCUAAGUAUCCUGGGCCAGGGAGCUGUGGGAGCUCGGGGCUAGCACCUCCCAUGCCCCUGCAGGAGCCAGCAGGACAUGAAGAUCAUAGGCCUCCCCUUUUCUCCUCUUCCUGGUUGCCCUGAAUGCCCCCACUACAGCUGGGGUGACUCUCAGACUCUGACCACCUCAAGAAUCCAAUCUGGAAAGAUGCGGGCUGGUGGUACCUGCUACCCAAGUUGGAGGCUGGGGGUGUGGGGCCUCUACCAGUCCAGAAGCUUCCAGAAGCCUCAGCACCUGUGAGUCCAUUGGGAAGCCCUGGCCAGUCUGAAAGCCAGGCCCAGGAAGAGCAUUCAGCAGUGAGGACUACCAAAAUCCCUCCUCAGGAAGACCGCCAUCACCCUCAGGAGGAGGUCAGCACAGACAGAUGUGGGAGCCCCCUGUGGAGUCGCAGGGCCAGCAGCUCCUGCCAGAGCUGCCUCUAAAAGAGUCCUCACCCAAGGACUCUGGCCUCAAGGCGGUUCCCAGCACACGUACUCUGUAUGUGGGCCACCUGAACCCCCAGUUCUCUGUGCCCGUGCUUGCCUGCCUGCUACGAGACACCCUAGAGCGGCUGGAGCUGCCCGUGGCCCGCGAGAACAUUGAGGUGGUGAGGCGGCCACGAAACACUUACGCACGGGUACAGGUGGCUGCCCCCAAGGCUGCCCUGGCCUCCCUCCCCUGGCGCCUGCAGAUGGCCUUAGAGGAGCAGCUAAUCCUCAAAGAGCUCACAGCCCGUGGCAAGGAGCUGGUGCUGGGCGAGGGACUGGAGUCCCUAAACCGCAGGGAGCAGGAGGACAGCGGCUCGAGCCCCAGCCCUAGCCCUGGCCCCAGCCCAGGCUUCAGGCGCCCACAGCUGCGCCAACUGCCAGACCCUUCCCCUAACUGGUGCUGGGCUGGGCGACGGCAGAUCCCUCAGAACCGACCCAGUGGUGUGCGCUCUGACAGUGCCAUUGUGGACCAGGAGAUCUUGGGCCAGGAGCAGCUAUUCCAGGGUGCCUUCCUUGGCAGUGAGACACGGAAUGUGGAGUUUAAGCGAGGCAGCGGUGAGUACCUGAGCCUGGCUUUCAAGCACCACGUACGGCGCUACGUGUGUGCCUUUCUCAACAGUGAGGGUGGCAGCCUGCUGGUAGGUGUGGAGGACAGUGGCCUGGUACAGGGCAUCCACUGCAGCCACCGUGAUGAGGACCGUACACGCCAGCUGGUAGACUCCAUCCUGCAGGGCUUCAAACCCCAGGUCUUCCCUGAUGCCUACUCCCUCACCUUCAUCCCCGUCAUAAGCACUUCCACGGCCAACACGCCUCUCAAGGUGCUCCGUCUGACCGUGCACACCCCCAAGACCCAGGGUGAGCCACAGCUGUAUGAGACAGACCAGGGGGAGGUAUUUCUACGGCGUGAUGGAAGCAUCCAGGGCCCACUGUCUGUUGGCGCCAUCCAGGACUGGUGCAGGCAGAAGUGGACGAUGGAGCUGGGCAAGCUGGAGGAGAAGGUGAAGACCCUGACGAUGGAAAAGGAGCAGCUGAGGCAGCAGCUGAGGCAGCGCCGGUCCCUGUCCUGCAGCUGCUGUGUCCUGUGAGGAUGAGGAAGAUGUGAGCUAAGACCUGGAAUAAAACACACAUGAGCUGCCGCCUCUCUCCCUCAGCGCUGCAUGCAGGAGCCAUGUGGCUUCACCUCAGAGCAGGCUGACAGUCAGCUCUUGGCACACCCCGAAGCAAUCCUGCUUUCAGAAAACUUGGCUAGUCACUCCAGAACUCAGCUCUCAGAGACUGUAACUCUAAUCCCAACUAAAUGCACCUUUUGCCUAAGCCAA